AUUACUGUAUUCUUGUUAGUUCAUGAUAAAGUUUAGUGAGGUUAUCUAAUCUAGCACGGUAGAGAACGUCGAGAAGGAUUACCUAACCUAGCCAAGUUUUCUUCAUAACAAGGACCUCUCGAUUUUGGAUUAAAAUGACAGCUAUAAAAGUGCAUGGUGGUAUCGAUAUUUUAAGACUACCGGUAAAUGAGGAGGAACAUAUUUGCCCUCCAUGGCGUAUCAAGUACACCCAAUCUCAUAUACUCCAUUCUAAAUGUUCCAAAAGCGAGAAUGGCUGCGGUACCGACGACACAAAUGCCUGUCAAUUUUGCGUAUAUAAUAAUGCAUUAGAAUUGCCACAUAUGCCAGAUAUGGUGUUUCCUAAUAAUGUGUUAUCUCUGAAGCAUGAAGAUGGAGCAUUGCUGCAAUUUAAUGCUUUAGAUGCUUUAAAAUAUGUUUCUAAUGGAAAAAUUAAUGUGCAGCUUGCUUGUGCAGAAGCAUGGAAAGAAUCGAGAGCAGAAAGUAGUGAAUAUUUAGAAGAAAAGAUUAAACCUUUUGAUUGGACAUUUACUACUAAUUAUACUGGUACAAUAUCUGGUUUCAAAAUCGAAGAAACAAAUGAGAGAAUUGAUAUAGAUAAAUUAAGACAGAGGGAUAAGAUUAUGUUUUAUCAUGAUUUAACAUUGUUUGAAGAUGAACUUCAUGAUAAUGGCAUUGCUGUUAAUUCAGUCAAAAUUAGAGUCAUGCCUACCAGUUUUUUUAUACUAUUACGGUAUUUUCUUAGAAUCGAUAAUGUAAUGCUAAGAAUAAAUGAUACACGUAUUUACCACGAAUUUGGGAAAACUUAUUUAUUGCGUGAGUUUACAUCACGAGAAGCUAAAGUUCAAGAUAUCCGUGUUUCCCCGGCACUUUUCUUGGAACCAAGUACGAUAGCACCUCAUUUGCCAUUAAUUAGAAGUCGAUAUGACAAGCUUAUGGUACCUGAAAAAGAAGAAGUUAAAUUAAACGAAGAUACAGCUGCACAAAAUAUGAUUAUGACUGAAACAAAAUUAGUACAUUCUGAUGAACAUACAGCAGACAGUUCUAUUACUUAAAUUUUGUGUUAAGAUUUUAAUGUUA